UUGUAGGGGCGGAGCUAGCCAGAUUUAUAAAAGGAAAGUUUCUUCUGUCCCCAUAAGACUCACGUGUCCUCCCUGGAAAAAGAAGGAACGACAUAGUAAGUAGCUGUCCUUUGGAUUCACACUUGGGUGGAAAAGAUGAGGUUCCAGCUUGUGGCCCUAGUUCUGAUGGCAGUCUGCUUCUACCUGAGCACUGCGCAAGUAAGCUGGAUUGAAGACUGCUGCUUGAAAUAUGUCAAAGUAAAGCAUCACCAUACAAUCCAGAAGAAUGCCAUCAGUUACCGAGAACAGACCACGGGUGGAAGCUGCAACUUGCAUGCCAUAGUCCUGAAUUUGAAGCGUGCUACCAUUUGUGUGAAUCCAAAUGACCGUUGGGUGAAAAACACUAUUGCCAUGAUAAAAGAUAAAAAACACCGAAGAAGAUGCAGGGGUCAUGCUAAACCCUGCAAAUAUCUGAAACAUUAAUCAAGCUCUGAGCAACAGGGAGGAUGGAAGCUAAUCCAUUACUCUCCCAACCCCUGAAGCCGCACCUUUUCUGCAAUCUGACUUUGAAUCGAGGCUGAAGUGAUUGCACAUGGCUGUACUGAAAGCAGCUGCACCAGUAAAUUAUAAUUCAGAAAAAUCUAACUCCCGACUAAAGAGGAUAACACAGGAAAGGUGCUAUUGGAAUGCAGACACUAUCACCAGCAACACCAUUAUCAAUUAACCAUCAUACACUUUAAUUAUAAUUAUUAAACUGCAAAACUAUUCAUUAUGUUUAAUUGCAGACAGCUCCACUGUGAUCUGUUGGUGUAGGUUAUUAUUUUCUGUAAUGCUUUGUUUUGUUAGCUGGUUGAUCUGUAUAAUUCACUCCAAGGAAAAUCAAUAUUACCGACACGACAGUCAGGUAGCAAUCAAAAAUCCAGUUAUUACAGGGAUCCAAAAGGAUAGAUAAAGCUUUGCAUUUUGCCCAAGGGAUUGGAAGCAGGCCAUUCAGCUGCUACAGCCAGCCAAUUAAGAUGGUGGUUGACUUGGUCCAACAAACAAAUUUCAUGGCAUCAUGGGGCUCUUUUUACUGGAAGGGUAAAAGCAUUUGCUAAAUGGGAGCUGUCUUAAUGAGACAUUGUUUAGGCCUUUUUGAUAGUCCAGAUUUAUCACACCAUUUUUCUCCCAAUUGUUGAUUACCAUAAUUUGAAUUCACUUAGAAGUGAUAAUCUGCAGCGUUAGCAUCCCAGUGGUGGUUAGAAACAAUGUUCUUUGAGCACUGUAUGGAAACUCCGCACAGUCACAUACACAGUGCCUCGUUCAAUAACCAAUGGGAAGGCUCACAGGCUCUUGCACAUGGUAUCUGGUGGUCUUGGUGGAGGAGGUCCAGUGGAGGAGGAAUUACCUUCACUAAUAGUGGGUAAUCACAACUUGCCCUCUCAUCCCUCUCUUAUGCAGCAACUGCACUACGCUGCCUGGUCUCAUGUCCACCUUUCACUUCUCAUCCAGAUCAAGAUGGCUGUGACCCUUUCUCCUGGUGCUUCCUUUAAGUUGGAGUUCCAUCUGAAGACCUCAAAGAAUUUCUAUCAUGCAUUUGUGAUGUUUUGACAAAGAUUGCUUGAAAUCUAUUUGAGAUUAUCUUCACAGCUCCAGCAGAAAUGAGUAUGAAACAUCAAUGUAUCAGUCAACCCCUUCGUGAGCUUCUGGGUGGUCUAGUGCAGCUAUCCACUCAGUUUUUUUUACCACAAUGAUUUCUCGUCUUUAACGGGUUCAGUUGGCAUUUUGGCUCAAGAUCACAACAUGACCACCUUGAAAGAUCAUUAAUGCCUGCACAUGCUGCUGAAAAUUGUCCUCACUGUUUCAGAUUUUUAAUUGGCUGUAUUACACAUAAUGGGGAACGCUUCUGCCUCAAUGUUUAACAGAACUCAGAAGCAUCUUCUCACAACAGCGACAACAAUAGCAACUGCAGCUUUUCCACUCUCAUUCCAGAAGUCAGUUAAGAGUUUGUCGCUGCAGCAUUCACUGGGAUGCAGAGUAAGCCAGACCCUCUGUCUGAAGGUAGCAAGUAACCUAAAAUUGUGGUCACUUAGUCUGAUGUCUAUGUUAAAAUUGAUUUUGAUUAUCUAGAAGCUUUACGUAGAGUAUGGCUGCUGAAAUAACCUUGAUUAUGUACAUGUUGAGAUUGUUUCUGUGCUUCAAUAAAUUUUGAACUUUUCUAAAA